AUGCGUGUUGGAGUUGUAGGAGCAUCUGAUGUUGGUGAGCUCCACAGUGGAAAAUGGACGCACGAAGAGUCGGAGUAUGUCAAGGAAUUGAUCAAAGAGUUUGAAGCGGGAUCUUUGAGUAUCGAGGAAAAUAUCAGUUUACGUCGUUUUCUCUCCAAGGCGUUGAAUUGCAGUCCCAAGCGGAUCAGCAAGAAGUUUGAAGGGACGCUCUACAAUGGCAAGCAACUCUACAAGCGAAAGACUUCCGCUCUUACUCCAGAGCAAGUCGCUGCCAAACGUGCAAAACUCAGAGAAAUGGAGCGAAAGUACAAGGAAAGCCUCAAGGUUCUGCAAAUGGUUGAGGCUUCUAGAAAGCCCACAUCUGCAAGUGGUACCACUGCCACUGCCACUGUCAAUACAAGUGGAAGCACUAGUAGUAGUAGUACCAGUACAAGCAUGGCCCAAAGCCACAAGUUUCCUCUGGGACUUCAAGCUCUUCCAGGAACCUCAAUCAUGCCCCUUUCUGCAUGCGUCUCUCGUGAAGCCAGGAUUGCAAAAUUGAAGGCUGACAUUGCACUGGCUUCUAUGGCUCUAGGAGAGACUGCCAAUCAGUCAUCUUCACAGACUUUGAUUCCCUCCUCUGUCGCUGCGGUUUCUUUGGCACUUUCAGCUCAGCAUAACAGACAGCGUCACCUACAGUGGCUUCAGCAUCAGGAGCUUGCCUUGUUGAGGGGCACGCUGGGCGCAAGCACACACAUGACCACCACUGUGCCUUUUGUCUUGUCUUCGCCUCUUCCCGUCGCAUUGGGCGGUAUCGGUAGGGCAAACACUCCCGAACAGGGUCACAUUGAUACAUGUACCAUACUGGGAAAGAGGGGUGCUACCAGAGAGGCCGGUACAGUUUCGGACGCUACAGGAAGAUUGCUAGAUGCUCCAGCGGAUACAUCCACGACGGCCCCAUCUUUCAAGAGAUUCAAACAUCACCUAUGA